CAGCCACCGUACAUGUACAUGUACACGAAAGCUGCAGUGAGAGCGCACGGCUUUCCACGCUAGGACACCCAGCAGACACACCAUGGCGUCCGCGCAGGCUUGCACUCCCUUUAUAUACGCUUUUAUUUAUUGCUUGCUGUUUGCUGAGGUGUUUUGUGAUGGCGACGCAGAGGACGAGCACGCAAAGCACACUUACACGGUGGAAAUGUUCAAUGAGGCAGUGCCCACCGCACCGCACUUUGUCAUGUUUUACGCCCCGUGGUGCGGCCAUUGUAAAAGGUUGCAGCCAACGUGGAAUGAAUUAGCAGAUAAAUACAACGGUAUGGAUGAACCCCCGGCCUAUGUGGUCAAGGUGGACUGUGUCCAAGACACCAAGUUCUGCUCCAAUGAGCACGGCGUCAGGGGCUACCCCACGCUGAAGUUCUUUAAACCAGAGCAGGAAGCAGUCAAGUACCAAGGGCCAAGGACUCUGGAGAGUCUGGAGAACUGGAUGCUGAAGAUGCUCGAGGCAGAGCCUUCUGAUCCAGAGGUGGAACCGGAGCCAGCGACUCCUCCGGUGGCCAAGGACGGCCUCUAUGAGCUCACCGCUGCCAACUUUAAGGAACACGUUUCCAAAGGUGCACAUUUUGUCAAGUUCUACGCCCCGUGGUGCGGCCACUGUAAAGCCCUGGCUCCAACCUGGGAGCAGCUGGCUUCCACCUUGGAGAACUCUGAUGAAAUCAAAAUAGGAAAGUUGGACUGCACACAGCACUACGAAGUGUGUUCUACCUUCAAAGUGCGUGGGUAUCCCACUCUGCUCUUCUUCAAUGGAGGUGAAAAGAUAAGCGUCCAACAAUACAAAGGAAAGAGAGACUUUGACACACUGAAAAAGUACGUGGAGGACCAACUGCAGGCUGCCAAGCAGGAGGCAGAAGCCAAGGAAGAACCCGAGGAGGAGCCCAAGGAAGAGCCUAAGGAGGAGGCCAAUGAAGAAGCUAAGGAGCAAGCCGAUGUAGAGUCCAACGUCUUGAUCCUGACAGAGGAAAACUUUGAAGAGAGCAUCGCCAAAGGCAUCACCUUUGUGAAAUUCUUUGCGCCAUGGUGUGGCCACUGCUUAAGGCUCGCUCCAGUCUGGGAGGAUCUCUCCAACAAGGACUUUGCUGGUCUCACAGACGUCAAGGUUGCCAAAGUGGACUGCACUGUGGAGCGCACCCUCUGCAACAAGUACUCUGUUCAAGGGUACCCCACCCUGAUUAUCUUCCGUGCAGGGAAGCAAGGGAACGAGUACAACGGCAGUCGGGACCUGGAGAGCCUGCACAGCUUCGUGCUGCAGCAGGCAAGGGACGAGCUGUAAGGAUGCGAUGGCUCCGCCCACACAGCAUUUUGUGGCCUCUGCAUGUCCUGCACCAGCCUAACCCUUUCGGUUCAGGGGUGUCUCGGGUAUGUGAAUGUAUUUUUCAUUGAUCCACUAAAGCGGGGGCGGGGGGUUUCCAAACCACUUCAAGCUUCUGACUUGGGUUCUGUAUUCUUCCACUUGUAUCCAUGGGGUCUGUUCUACAUAAGCCAUUCAUUGAUGAUGCGGUACUCAGAAGGCUCGUGAAGCAGCCAUACCUCUUUUUCGGACUUCUCAGGGACACGCCCCCACUCAGCUUCUAGGCCUGGACCAAUGCUGCCAUAUUGCCAUUAUGUAACAUUCUACGUUUUAAAAGGACGUGUUUUCUGUUGCUCAGUGGGGUCAAAGCACUGAACUAGCGACGAGUGUUUCUCCGUAUUUACACAGCGGGUAGAUGAGAUUUGAUGCACACCGGCUACAAACACACAGCAGUUUCGUUAGUGACUCUUUACAAGGAAGUCCAGUGACACUUUUUUCUUGUUUUUUUCCUCCCCCCACUCGUGGGUUGUGCACCGCCCAUGGAUUUGUACAAAAAAAAUAAUGGCAAAUUGUAACAUUUCAUAAUAAAAACUCCAAAAUAGGUUUUGUUCUCAUCUUUUAUAGUAAGGUGUAAUUUAUUUUUCUUAAUAAAAGGUGCAAUAAAUAAACAGAAUGUACAAGUAUUUACACAAAAACAGUCUAAACAUGAUCACAAAUGUAAACAGCAGCUUACCAGAGGUAUAUUUUGUAUUUGCUAGUCGGCACAAAAGGUAUUUAGAUUAUUAUUAUUAUUGCUAUUAGACUUUGUUCCACAGUAACCUUGCUGAAAAAGCAAAAAGAUGUUUGGAGCAUGUCAGACGUAUAAAGAUGUAUUAUUUGCGUGUUUGGACCAGAACAUCACAUUUAGCCGCAACAUGCAUCAUGUUGAACGUGCAAAUAUUGACAGGGAGGCUGCUAAAAUAGCCUGCGGACACUUGGGGUUUUAGUCUGUGUCAUAUUUUGGGAGUGUAAAUAUGACUUGAAGCAAACACAGCAGGGAAACGGAACAACAAAAAAAAACAUUUAACUGCAAAUUAGCAUCAAUUUCACUUGUUGAACAGAAUUAAUUUGAUUGCCUCGGUCAACUCACCAGAAUCAGAGGUGAUCUUGUCCAAUUCCUGAGAGCGGGAUCGUCUUCUGGAUGGACUUUGUGCUCAUAAGACCUGAUAAGAACUUUAUGGCCACUGGGAGAUGAACGUGUCAUAAGAUGAAAUGACCACUUUCACUACGCCCUAAGUGAGAAUGAUGGGAAAGGUGCCUCAUUAACAGACGUCCAUGAAGUACACAUUCCACAUGGAGACCACGGCCCCCAUUAAAUGCUUGCUUUCCAACUAUCCAAGUUGGACUUGAGAUUACUGCAGUGUCUCCUUGAGGCCAUCGGGAGGGUCAGUGGCACCCACAGGCCCGCACCACCAUGUUCUUAUAUUUCUUCAAAAUAACGUUGGAGUUGUCGUCAAAGUAGAGCACUGAGAUGGCGUGGAGCUUGGUGGGGGCGCAGCAGGGCUUGGGGACGUUCUCAGGGUUCAUCAGGUGCACCUGAAAGAAGAGCGUGGUCAUGCGAUGAUGAGAAGGUGGAUCAUCGUUGGCAUGCAUAGUGGACGAUACAUGUUUGGUCUUACCAGCGUCUGCACGAUGGCAUGGUUGGUGGCGUUCAUGUGGGCGUUGAGGGGGAAGGAGCACUCUCCGUCGCAGUAGUUGGCGGCGUAGCCUUCGGGAGCGAUGAUCCAGUCCUAAAAAGGAACACACGAGAAGAGUCAUGACGGAAAAUAACCUUCAGAAAUUACACAUGAAUGCUGAAAAAUGAAAGUGACUGAAUUCAAAUAAGACUUUUAACAUCCCAAUAUGUCAUAGCAGUAAUAAUAUUGUUGCCCCCUAGUGGUUGUACAUAGCAUAAUGGACCUACAGCUGCUGUUUUGAGAUCUUCUGCUAAAACAUCAGUCAAAGAUCAUCUACAGGACAGGAGUGCUCUCCUAUUCUGAAGAACCUACUGCAAAAACACCACUCAAAGAUCCUUAAAUGACAGGAGCGCUCUGCUGUUUUUAGGACCUACUUGCAACAGAGCUAAUCAAAGAUCCUCUAAAUGUCACAACUUGAAGGUACGUCACUUUUGAAUGACGUACCGCAAAAAUGCUAGCCGUAGACCGUCAAAGAUCACCUAUAAGACAGGAGUGUGCUCUUCAGUUUUUAAUGAUCUGUGAAAAUGCUUGUCAGAGCUCCUCUAUAAGAGACAGAAGUGAUCUCUAUUUAGGACCGACCGCAAAAAAGCUAGUCAAAGAUCCUCUAAAUGGGACAAGAGCGCACUUCACUUUUGAAUCUAGUCCAAGAUCAUGGUUUCAGGUUCGGUUCGGUUUUGAACCAUCUACUGCAUGAAAAAAAGCUAGUCAAAGAUCCUCUAUGUGACAGGAGCUAUUUUCUGUUUUUUACUAUUGCAAAAAAAAAGGCUAGUCAAAGAUCCUCUAUACGACAUGAGCUUUCUCCAAUUCUGAAGGACCUACUGCAAAAACGGUAGUCAAAGAUCUUCUACAUUUGACAGGAGCACUCUUCAGUUCUGAACACUGACUGCAUAAAGGCGAGUCAAAGAUCCUCUACGUGUGUCACGUAGUGUCAUGAGUGUUCUAUUAUGGAGGACCUGCUGCAAAAAAGCUAGUCAAAGAUUGUCGAUAUUUAACAGGAGCACUCUUGUGUUUUGCACUGUAAAACUGCUAUUCAAAGAUCCUGUAUUGUAGAAGGCAAAUGUUGGGUACCUGCCAGCCCAGCUCUCGAAAGCUGACGUAGAGUUCGUGUCUUCUGCAGGCCGUCUUCUGAUCGCUGCUGUUGUAGUCUGGGGGGAGGAGAAAGAGGAGCAUAAAUGGAGGUGUUUGUGUUGUUGUUGCAAGAACGAGUGAGUGAGUGAAGGUGACGCAGUCCAAGCUAAGGUCAUGCAAUACACGCGGGUGUGGAUGCAGUGAAGGCGUAGAUGAUUACACUGUGCUGCUCCUGAACGCACCACCGAUUGAGUUCAUCAGCAUUCAAAUAUUACGUUGGCUGCAGCACAAGAGGUGACGCAACCAAAACGCUUCCUCCUCCUCCUCCUAGUGUGGUUUGCUCUUAAUGAUCCUAACCGAGUCCACUUUGCUGCGUCUGAGCAGCAGGGGAGGUGGGCGGGGUCGGGGCCAGGUAUUGGAGUCGAGGAGGUCAUUGCUGGCGUGCGUCACCUUGCUGAAGUCAGGACGGCGACGCCGACUUUCCACUGACGCCUUCCAGCGUUCUUUCACUGAGAGGCUUCAUGGUGAGCACGCAGCGCUCUGGUGGAGACAAUGGCAGGAAGAAAACGGGGGCCGUGGCGCCGCUUUCAGUCCUGCUUUUGACCCAGGUGGGCAUCACAGCCGCCUUUUCCACUGUCAAAUCUAUAUUCUAACUGGGGGUGGUGGUCAGCGCCUUGUUUGGACCGCUGGCCUUGAAUGCAACACAACAAAAGGCAAACAAACAUGUCACGCUACUUCAUGCUUGUGUGCCACGUUACACAAAAACAAGCUUUUGGGAUACAGUCCACUUGCAAUGGGGCAGUGACCCAGCAGAUACUAGCAUCAAAUAUUUUUUUUUUUUUUAGCAUUUUUAGGCUUUUUAAAAACAUGUAUUUACAAUUUUUAUUUUUAGAAAGCAUCCUUUGAUUUGUCAAUGUUGAAAAUAAAAAGUUUAUAAUUUACUGUACCUAACCUGCAAGAGGAUGGGACGUUAAGGAGGUUGCCUACAGCCACAGCUGUCAAUGCAAUUGUUUUGAACUUGCAGUUAAUUACUAAUUGGAGGUUCUUUGCUUUUGUCGCCCACACACCCGGCGACUAUAGGAGUCCGUGUGGUGAAAUAGGGGUGUGAAUUGGCAUAGAGAUUUAAUAAAUAUAUUUAUAUUUCCAGCCUCAUUUGUAUUCUUCCCGAGUUCCUUCCUCUAUGCAAAACAUGGGGUUUCUGAAUGACCAUUGAAUGCGUCUUAGGUGACAUACAGUAUGCUGCAUUCAAGGACAGAGGAAAGAACCUGAUGUGAACUUGGAGGCUUUUAAAAUCCCACGUUAGCGGGAAGGUGAGACUUUUUAUGGAGUUGAUGUAUGAGUCGUGACGAGGUCAAGCUGUUCUCGCGCGCGAGUAGGACAAUCCCAACACAACAAGGGUCAAAAACACUUCAAAAGAAGCAGUCCAAAUUGCAGCAGAUGGCAAAAUCGGACAAAUCAGUUGUCAGUCAGUAGCAAAGAGUAGCAGCAAGAAGCCGUCAGUGAGUGGAGUGUUUUGGCGGAAUAAAGCUGAUAUUUACAGUGGGCUUUCAUUGAGUGUAAAAGGCGCAGAUUUGCGGUGCCCAUAAACCACGUCUCCCCCCUUCCUGCCAGUAAAAAUUUAACGCCGCACAGCUACUGCCGAGCUCCGUCUCCCGUGAGCCCUCCAUUCAUUGCUUUUUCCUUUACCUAACCGACAGCAAGCGCUGGAAAGAAAGCGUGUAAUAUUCAUCUUUAGCAAGACACAGCAAGCGUGACAGAAGCAGCUUUAAAGGCCUCAUUUACUGGCAUUUACUUGUUUUCAUCAACCUUUCAACAACUUGCUCAAGCACGUAGUCACCAUGCAUUUGGACAAUUCUGUACAAUUAACAAUUUUGCCUCAAAAGUUGCAUUUUUUUUUUUUGUACAUAUACGAUUUUACAAAAAUAAUGCCAGCAUACCUAAAAAAAAAAAAAAAAAAAAAAAAAACACCACUAGGUGGCAGUAUCGCACCAUCUUCAAAGGGUGAGUAGUUUUACUUUAUUUCAGUUUUAUUGUACUGGACUCUACCAACUUCCCCUCACACGCUUAUGACAGUACGGAAUUUUAGAACGCUGCCUGGACCGUUGAAAUACUUGUUCAAUGUUGCUGCCAAUCAUAAGAGAAUACCUUGAAAUGUUUUGGAAUAUUUUUCUAUGUUCAAUUUGAACAAGCUGUGUCGCUAUGCAAACUUUUACGGUCCUGUUUGAUUUUUUUUUUUUUUUUUAAGUUUUCUUUAACAUUUUUAAAAGUUUACAUAGCAGCAUAUUUAGAAAAAUUUAAGUUAAUAAAUUGAAAAAACAAUUAGAGAAAUUACAGUACUGUGACUUAUUUUUUUAACCCUUUAAAAGUUAACAU